UCCUUGCAACUCCCACUUGCAUCCAGGGUGACCUCUGGCAUGGCCCAGGCCUCAGGACUGGACCCACUUGUAGAUGGUGAGGACGAGAGGCCCAAGUGGGACAACAAGCUCCAAUACCUCCUGAGCUGCAUCGGAUUUGCUGUGGGACUGGGAAAUAUAUGGAGGUUCCCCUACUUGUGCCAGACCUAUGGGGGAGGGGCCUUCCUCAUCCCUUACCUCAUCGCCCUGGUUUUUGAGGGGAUCCCACUUUUCUACAUUGAGCUCGCCAUUGGCCAACGCCUACGAAAGGGCAGCAUCGGGGUGUGGACGUCCAUCUCUCCCUACCUCGGCGGAGUAGGCCUGGGCUGCUUCUCGGUGUCCUUCAUAGUCUGCCUGUACUACAACACUGUCCUCGUGUGGGUCCUGUGGUUCUUACUCAACUCCUUCCAAGACCCACUACCCUGGAGCACCUGCCCGCUGAACCUCAACAGAACAGGGUUUGUGCAGGAGUGCCAGGGCAGUGGCACCGUGAGCUACUUCUGGUACCGGCAGACGCUGAACAUCACGGCUGACAUCAGCAACAGUGGCACUAUCCAGUGGCAACUGUUCCUCUGCCUGGUGGCCUGCUGGACAGUUGUGUACCUGUGUGUCAUCAGAGGCAUUGAGAGCACGGGGAAGGUGAUCUACUUCACAGCCCUGUUCCCUUACCUGGUGCUGACCAUCUUCCUCAUCAGAGGCUUGACCCUGCCUGGAGCAACAGAGGGUUUGACCUACUUGUUCACUCCCAAAAUGCAGAUUCUUCAGAACCCACGGGUGUGGCUGGAUGCAGCUACCCAGAUUUUCUUCUCCCUGUCCCUGGCCUUUGGAGGACACAUUGCUUUUGCAAGCUACAACCCGCCCAGGAACAAUUGUGAGAAGGAUGCUGUGACCAUUGCCCUGGUCAACAGCAUGACCUCCCUGUAUGCAUCCAUCACCAUCUUCUCCAUCAUGGGCUUCAAGGCAACCAAUGACUAUGGGCGGUGCCUGGACAGAAACAUCCUCAGCCUCAUCAACGAGUUUGACUUCCCGGAGCAAAGCAUCCCCAGGGACGAGUACCCGACUGUCCUCAUGCACCUGAAUGCCACUCAGCCUGAGAGGGUGGCCAGGCUUCCUUUGAAGACUUGCCAUCUGGAUGACUUUCUGGACAAGAGUGCCUCAGGCCCAGGCCUGGCCUUCAUCGUCUUCACGGAGGCCGUCCUGCACAUGCCGGGUGCUCCUGCAUGGUCUGUGCUCUUCUUCGGGAUGCUGUUCACUCUGGGUCUCUCUUCUAUGUUUGGGAACAUGGAAGGGGUCAUCACACCACUAUUGGACAUGGGAGUCUUACCCAGAGGCAUCCCCAAGGAGGCCAUGACUGCAAUGUGUUUCACACUGCAGUCUGGAAGCUAUUGGCUGGAGAUUUUUGACAAUUUUGCAGCUUCUUUGAACUUGAUCAUCUUUGCCUUCUUGGAGGUGGUUGGGGUCAUUUAUGUUUAUGGAAUGAAACGGAGCAGUUCCCCUCAAGGGAGGAGAAGCUGUACCCGGGCUGGGUGCAGGUCAUCUGCGUGCUCUUGUCCUUCCUGCCCUCCCUGUGGGUCCCAGGAGUUGCUUUGGUUCAGCUACUGUCCCAGUACAGACAGAGGUGGAAGGACACACAACUGGAGAGAAGUCCAAAGCCAGAGGGUAGAUGCUGAUGAGGGGCAGAGCCAGGGCCGUCAGGGGUGGGGGGGUGCAGACCUGUUCCACUCAGAUCCAGCCUCAUUACAUCCUGUCCACUGUUGAGACCACGGGAUUAUUGCUUUCCCAGCUUGUUGCAUGGUGAAAGACUCAUGGAUUCUGGGCAGCUGCAUGGUGUCCAGUGGGUAUCUUUUUGAUGUCAUUCCCCUGAGCCAGGUCCCACAGGGCCAUGUCUGUGUGGCCAUAGCUGCCACCUGGGAUGCAUACUGAGUGGACUUGGUUAGC